GUCACUACAUCAGGAUGUAGUGAAGAAAUGUGCAUUUCUUAUAUAGUUUGAAGAGUCUUAUUAUGAGACUACCAGUGUCUUAAUAUGCCUACCAGCAUAUCUUGGGGGCUAUUGUUUACUUUAAGAUUAUACUACUAGUCACAGAGACAGGAAGUUCUUUGUUCUUCUCCACCUAUGUUCUGGGAGAAGCAAACCCCAGUCAUUCUGAAUGUCGAAGUGAUGCAGUAAGGUCCGAGUUACAUAACAUUGCAGCAGAAAGUUUUUAGUUAUUUUGUGGAACAAACUACAGGCCCAAUUCGGUAAGAAUACGAUAUCUAUUUCUAUAUAUGUUAUUUGAUAUAUACUAGAAUGCUAGGAUGUAUCUUAAUAUAAUCUCAGUUGAGUUUGGUAGAAUUUUAUAGGAGUUUCGUAAAGAUGAUGUUAGAUGUUGUACCUAGCUUUUAGGAGUAGACAAAGAGAUGAGUGUGUAUAAUGUAUAGUGUAGAAAGCCGAGUUCUUUGUCUUUGUCAGAAGAAGUUACAGUACAUUUUAGUGUUUCAAAGUAGCAUAUAUUCUGCUACUAUGUAGAUGAUAACUUGUUUGUUAUAUAUAUAGUUCAUGUCGAAUUUAGAGCAAAACUAAGUGUUUAUAGGAAAGAAACAAUUUUCUUUGUUAGUUUAGCAUAGGAACUUAAGUGACGAACCGCGUCUGAAUGCGGCCCUGUUCACACUCAUGUACGUCUGCUUGUGUGUACUGUUUAAUAGUUUACUGCAUAGUUUCAAUGCAGGGUGUGUUCACAUAGAUAUUUAAUCCAGUUUAACUUUAAUCUUGUGUCAUAUAUUAAUGUGUUGUAAUCAGUAUCUUUAAUUUAGCUAUAGGGUUUUUAUAUGCUUACAUGCUGAAACAUUUAUUCAUUAUUUGUUUGUUUGUUUAUUAUCAUUACAGAUUGUUAUCUGAAGGUUUACCGGAGAUAGUAAUUAACCUGAAGGUUUUACCGAAGAUAUGAAAGUGAAGUUACGAGUUGCUGAAUAAAACAGAAGUUGGUUGGACUUUAGCAAAUUGUUUCCAGUGUUAAUUUUCAUCGGUGUGCCUUGUGAAUAACAACAGUUGGAUUUUAUUGUUAGACGAAACUCCUUCAUAUAAAGACAUAUGAAGGCAGCCACAAUAACAAUCGAAGUCUGUUAUUCGAAGUCGAAUAACAAGUGAAGUUCCACAUACAAAUGAAGUUUGAAUAACGAUUGAAGGCUGUUAUUCGAAGUCGAAUAACAAUCGAACAGCAAUAAGACUUUUUGCAGCCGUUUAAUGAACUUGUAAGCAGACCAAGGUUUAUAAAGGCCUGAAGUCAUGCCUUUAUCAGAGCCUGCAUUGCGACGUGAAGCGACAAUAGAGAGGACUUCCAGAUCGAAGGCUAGGAGUCUAGCAGGUGUUAAGUUCAUCAAGAGCGAUGUGGAAGCAGAACAAUGUGAUGCAGUCAUCACGAAGGCUACAAGUGUAGCAAGCUCACGGAUGUCUCGUGAGAGUGUGAGGUUGACAGAAGCCUUUCAAGCAGAACUAGCUGUCAUGGACCAGGAGGACAGGCUUGAUGCUCUAAAGGCUGAGCGCGAGCAUGCUAUAUAUAUGAGAGCAGUCCAGAAGGAGGAACGGAAGUUACGAAAAGUGAAGCUGAGAAAGGAGACGGCUGCUAGAAUAGCGGAGUUGGAAGGAGAUGAAGAGAGUGAUGGCUCUGAAGCCGCCAUCGAACAUAUUACCUUGCCAAAGGAACAGCCAGGGGAUUCCGUCCACAGAUUCUUCAAAUCUCAGCAAGACGUGACAAUUGGCACAGCAACUCCUCCUCUUGACGGCACCUCUAGCCAGACAGGGUUUGAAAAGAUGGCAGAGUCGAUGACUGAUAUGGCAAAGGCCAUCAUGCAACAGAAUAUGACGACACAGAGACUUGCUGUUGCUAGUCAACUUCCAAAGUUAGAGAUUCCUAUAUUCAGUGGCGAUCCUUUACGGUACAGGCUUUGGAAAAAUGCCUUCUCAAACUUGGUGGACUCCAAACCCCUCGACGGAGCUACCAAGCUGAGCUAUUUGAAUAGCUACGUAGCAGGAGAGCCAAGGAAGGUCGUAGAGCACUACAUCCUGCUGGGCACAGACGAGGCAUAUUUCCAAGCCACAGAACUGUUACAAAAAAGAUACGGCAGUGGCAGUAUUAUCAGUACCGCAUUUUCGAAGAAGCUGAGCAGCUGGCCACGUAUCUUCGACAAGGAUCCUGGAGGACUCCGUCAAUUCUCCGACUUUCUAGAGCAGGUGGUGUCGGCUAAGUCAACAGAGUCAUCCUUGGGGAUAUUGGACUAUCCUCAAGAAAACAUAAAGAUGUUGAACAAACUGCCCCUACAUCUAGAAAGGUCAUGGCGGGAUGAGGUAAAUAAAUGGCAGACAAGGGGUCUUGGGAACUACCCUCCAUUUGAAGUCUUUGCCGAGUUUGUCAGCAGAGCCGCCAACAAGGCCAACAUCCCUGAGCUAGAGGGUCUGCGAAGUGGUGAGGCACGACCAAGGCAGUACGAAGGGGACCGCAGCAAUCGCAACCAGCCGAGAGGGAAGACCUUUGCAACAAAUGUAUCUUCAAAGACAAACGUGGGAGAGUAUUCCUCAUGUCCGUACUGUGGGAGAGAGCAUCACUUGGAUGACUGUCACGAAUUUACAAAGAAAUUGUUACAUGAAAGGAAGGGUUUCUUCUUUCAAAAGAACUUGUGUAUGGGUUGCGGGGUUGCUGACAGUCACCAGGUCAAGGACUGCACUCAGAGGAAGGUUUGCAAGGUCUGUGAAGGGCGCCACCUUGCCUGUCUGCAUAGACCAAGGAAUAACCAGAGAAGGCCACACGAGGAAGGCUCAUCCAAGUGCACCAACGUAUGCUCUCUUCCAGAUCAAGAUGGCCAGGAGCACUGCAUGAUCGUGCCAGUCUGGGUGAGAUGCAAGGACGAGCCUUCCCGGGAGUUCCUCCAUUACGCCAUCCUAGAUGAUCAGAGUAAUGUAGGCUUCGUUUCGGACGAACUGUGUGAACAGUUAGGAGUACAGGGAACUAGUACCACCCUCCGACUCACCACCAUGCACGCAACGGCCAAUGUCAAGAGCAUGAAGGUGAACGGUUUGCAGGUGCUCGACUUCAAUAGGGAGAAUGAGAUCGACCUACCCCCGUGCUUCUCUAGAGAUUCUGUUCCUGCUAGCAGAUCCCAGAUCCCCAAGAUUGAAGUCCUGAAGGAGUGGCCUCAUCUUGAGCCAGUUGCUCAUGAGUUGAUGCCAUACAACAGAAGCGUCAAGGUAUCGCUCUUAAUUGGAAAUAACUGUUCCCGAGCCAUCCGCCCUCGAGAGGUGAUAGCAGGAGGAGAAGAUGACCCGUAUGCCAUGAAGACAGCACUUGGAUGGGGAGUAGUUGGCAAGGUAUGCCAGACGUCAGUACAGGAUGAUGGAGUCCUGAUCUGCAAUAGGAUAUCUGCAAUUGAGAGGCAUCCAAAGUUUGCCUAUGCGAGUAAGGCCAAGGAGAUCCUGGACACUGAGAAAAUCAUACAGAUUCUGGAACAGGACUUCAAGGACUCGGGUGCUAAUGGUGAGCCUUACUCUGUGGAGGAAACAAGAUUCAUGGAGAUCCUGGAGAGUGGUAUCCGCAGACGCGACGACGGCCACUACGAGAUGCCGCUGCCUCUGAAGUCUGCAAACCCAAACCUUCCCUUCAACAAGCCACUUGCUAUGAAGAGAUGGAAGCAGCUGUCUGGAAGGUUGCGGAAGAACCCCAAAUUUUGCGAAGACUACAGAGCAUUCAUGGAUGACGUCAUCCAGAAUUAUGCAGAGAGAGUGCCAGCUGACCGUCUUCAGAUACAGGAUCGGGUUAAUUACAUUCCUCAUACUGGCGUGUAUCACCCUAGAAAGCCCAACAAGAUCAGAGUGGUCUUUGAUUGCUCUGCUACUUAUCAAGGUGUGUCCCUUAAUGACAUGCUACUUCAAGGUCCAAACACCAUGAACAGCCUCCUGGGAGUGCUUUGCAGGUUCCGUAAGGAAGCAGUAGCUGUAGCCGCUGAUGUGAAAAGUAUGUUCCAUCAGUUCUACGCAGCAGCAGAAGACAGAGACCUGUUGAGAUUCCUGUGGUGGGAAGAUGGAAACCCCGAGAAUGCUGUUGUGGAAUACCGCAUGAAGGUACACUUGUUUGGUGCAGCUAGUUCACCAGGAGUAGCUACGUUCGGUUUGAGAAGAGCUGCAGAUGACGGAGAAGAAGAAUAUGGAGCGCCAGCAGCUAACUACAUCAGGACAGAUUUCUAUGUUGAUGACGGCUUGAGAUCCGAGCCAGAUGUUGCCUCGGCGAUCCAGCUUCUCAAGAACAGUCAGGCGAUCUGUGCAAAAGCAGGUCUAACACUGCAUAAGAUUGUAUCCAAUGAAAGGGAAGUGCAAGAGAGUUUCACCAAGAAGGAAGGGCUUACGGACAAAAAGGAGCUUGGGUUAGCUCGAAGUCCAUCGACUCUAGAACGAGUACUCGGAGUCGUUUGGUGCAUCAAGAAUGACGUCUUCAACUUCAAGAUAGAGCUCAAGGAACGGCCUUUCACCAGACGAGGAGUUCUCUCAACAGUGAGUUCAUUCUACGAUCCUUGUGGGUUCCUUAGCCCCGUUAUGUUGAGAGGAAAGCAAAUCCUGCAAGAGCUCUGCCGAAGCAAAUUGGACUGGGACAGUCCAAUACCAGAAGAUCUCCGUCCACGCUGGGAAAGAUGGCUGCAGGAGGUGCUUGAGUUGGAGAACCUCCAGAUACCCAGAUGUUACAAGCCACGUGAUUUUGGUGAAAUCAAGGCAGUGGAGCUUCACCACUUUUCGGAUGCAAGCCAAGAGGGAUAUGGACAGUGUUCCUACAUCCGACUUGUCAACACCCAAGACAAGGUCCACUGUUCCUUUGUUAUCGGGAAGUCCCGAGUAACCCCGCUGAAGCAGGUCAGCAUACCAAGGCUUGAGCUAACUGCAGCUACAGUAUCAGCCAGAAUGAGUGGAUUUCUGAACCAGGAGCUCAAGUAUGACAGCUUCAAGGAAUUCUUCUGGACUGACAGCAAAGUAGUCCUGGGUUACAUACAGAAUGAAGCCAGAAGAUUCCAUGUCUAUGUAGCCAACAGGAUUCAGAUGAUCCGAGACCUGACAGAUCCUGAUAUGUGGCGCUACGUAGACACAUCCGAGAAUCCAGCAGACGACGCUUCAAGAGGAUUGUCUGCUAAGCAGCUUACCCAAGACAGCCGUUGGCUAAGAGGACCAGAAUUUCUCUGGACGGAUGGUAUAUUUGAAGUCAACCCUACAAGGCCGCCCGUCCAGCUGGAAGAAAGCGAUCCAGAGUUAAAGCGUGCUACUGCCCUUAAAACAGGAGCAAGAGAUGAGAAGGAAAGUCACUUCGAAACUAGCCGUCUGGAUAGCUUUUCCAACUGGCACAGGGCAAAGAAGGCAGUAGCCAGAUGUAUUCAACUCAAAGGCAAGCUGCAGAGCAAGGCUGUGAAAAUCUCGAGCUCAUCUCCAGAUGCUGAAAGGCCGUCCUUCAAGGAGUCGCUUUCUCUAGGCGAACUGCAGAGUGCUGAAAGGGUGAUCCUUAAAAGUGUACAAGCAGAACAUUUCCUGGAGGAAAUGCAGGCUCUGAGGAAUCUGGAAGCUACAGGAGAGGUCACUGACAGACAAGCGACCAGGGCCAGGAAUGCUGAACUCAAGAAGACGAGCUGUCUCUAUAGACUUGAUCCUUUUCUCGACGAAUAUGGAAUUAUCAGAGUUGGUGGCCGUAUAGACAGGGCAAAUAUUUCCAGAGAGAUCAGACACCCAAUCAUCCUGCCCCGAAAAUGCCAUGUCACCAGACUGCUGAUCGAUGAUUGCCACAGUAGAGUCAAUCACAUGGGCCGUGGCUUAACCCACAACGAGCUUCGCCAAAGAGGUUACUGGGUGAUAGGAGGUUCCUCUGCAGUUUCACAGUUCAUCUCACAGUGUGUAACAUGCAGAAAACUACGAGGGCCUCUCGUGCAGCAGAAGAUGUCGGAGCUACCGAGGGAGAGAGUUGAACCUUCUGCCCCCUUCACCUACUGUGCAGUCGACUACUUCGGUCCAUUCCUUUUAAAGGAAAAAAGAAGCGAGGUGAAGAGGUAUGGUGUCCUUUUCACAUGUAUGUCUUCCAGAAGCAUCCAUCUUGAGACUGCGAACAGCCUUUCCAGCUCUUCCUUCAUCAAUGCCUUGAGGAGGUUCAUGAAUCGAAGAGGAACUGUUCGACAGCUCCGUUCAGAUCAAGGCACAACAUUCAUUGGGGCCAGAAACGAGUUGAAACAAGCUCUACAAGAAAUGGACCAGAAGCAUGUGCAAGAAUACCUUCUAGAGAAUGGUGUUGAGUGGAUACCAUUCAAAUUCAACGUUCCACAUUCCUCGCACAUGGGCGGUGUCUGGGAGAGGCAGAUUCAGACGGUGAGAAGGGCCUUGGACACCUUACUUGCUAAGGCAGGCAGCCAGCUUGACGACGAAUCUUUUCGAACUUUUAUGACAGAGGCAGAAUGUAUCGUCAACUCUCGACCUCUCACCACCAAUAACCUGAGUGACGCCGAAGCACCAGAACCUCUGUGCCCACUCCAUCUUCUGACAAUGAAGCCGAAAGUAAUCUUACCACCACCUGGAAACUUCCAGGGCGAAGACAAGUACUCUAGAAAGUGGUGGCGACGUGUGCAGUAUCUAGCCAAUGAAUUCUGGCUACGCUGGCGCCGAGAGUACCUCCAGCAGUUACAGCCCCGCCAGAAGUGGACGCGAACGCAGCGAGACUUGGCCAUCGGCGAUGUAGUCAUCGCGAAGGAGACUGAAGAUGUUCGCCUCCAGUGGCCUCUGGCAAGGGUAGCAGAAGUUUUCCCUAGUCAAGACGGACGUGUUAGAAAGGUAAAGCUCCUCAUGGCUGAUGGAGCUCUGGACAGUAAUGGUAAACGUCUGAAGAAACCUUGCUACCUUGAUAGACCCGUCCACAAACUCGUGUUACUGCUGCCGGUAGAAGCUUAGAAUAAUUAGCUCUGUUGUUAAUAACAGAGGUGUAAUACUAAUUGUGAUCAGUCCUUUUCUUUCUAUUUCUCUUUCUUUCACAAUCACUUUCUCACUCAUUUCCUCUUUCUAGAUUUCUACCUUUAUCUGAGUUUCAUGACUUUACAUUUCUUGUUGUUUUAUCCUAUAUUUGCAAACAAGUUUGUCAUUAUCACGCAGAAGACAGUAGGGAUUCCCCCUCAAGGAGCCUUUAUCUUAUUGUUGUAUAUGUUCCUGAUGUCAGGAGUGUCUUCAUUUUAAUGUUUUUACUAAUUUACAUAUGAUUAUGUAUUCAUGCGGUCAUCAACGGAAGGGGUUGAUUAAGUAUACUUGAUAUACAUCUAAGUUUAACUUUAUGUAUUACACUAAUUGUGAUUGUUUACCAAUCAAGCAGUAUUUGGAGCAUUGAUGGGUUAAGUUAAUUUAUCUUAUGCAUUGUACAGUAGAUAAUGUUCAUGAAUGUUACAUGAAAGAUCGUUAGAGGUUAAUGUUGUUCCUUGGUAGUAAUGUAGUACGUCUAUCAAUGUUUUGGCGUAGUUUUAGAUUUGGAUAUUAACAGUUUAGUAAAUGUUACUAACAUUUAAAGGAGCCAUGUCACUACAUCAGGAUGUAGUGAAGAAAUGUGCAUUUCUUAUAUAGUUUGAAGAGUCUUAUUAUGAGACUACCAGUGUCUUAAUAUGCCUACCAGCAUAUCUUGGGGGCUAUUGUUUACUUUAAGAUUAUACUACUAGUCACAGAGACAGGAAGUUCUUUGUUCUUCUCCACCUAUGUUCUGGGAGAAGCAAACCCCAGUCAUUCUGAAUGUCGAAGUGAUGCAGUAAGGUCCGAGUUACAUAACAUUGCAGCAGAAAGUUUUUAGUUAUUUUGUGGAACAAACUACAGGCCCAAUUCGGUAAGAAUACGAUAUCUAUUUCUAUAUAUGUUAUUUGAUAUAUACUAGAAUGCUAGGAUGUAUCUUAAUAUAAUCUCAGUUGAGUUUGGUAGAAUUUUAUAGGAGUUUCGUAAAGAUGAUGUUAGAUGUUGUACCUAGCUUUUAGGAGUAGACAAAGAGAUGAGUGUGUAUAAUGUAUAGUGUAGAAAGCCGAGUUCUUUGUCUUUGUCAGAAGAAGUUACAGUACAUUUUAGUGUUUCAAAGUAGCAUAUAUUCUGCUACUAUGUAGAUGAUAACUUGUUUGUUAUAUAUAUAGUUCAUGUCGAAUUUAGAGCAAAACUAAGUGUUUAUAGGAAAGAAACAAUUUUCUUUGUUAGUUUAGCAUAGGAACUUAAGUGACGAACCGCGUCUGAAUGCGGCCCUGUUCACACUCAUGUACGUCUGCUUGUGUGUACUGUUUAAUAGUUUACUGCAUAGUUUCAAUGCAGGGUGUGUUCACAUAGAUAUUUAAUCCAGUUUAACUUUAAUCUUGUGUCAUAUAUUAAUGUGUUGUAAUCAGUAUCUUUAAUUUAGCUAUAGGGUUUUUAUAUGCUUACAUGCUGAAACAUUUAUUCAUUAUUUGUUUGUUUGUUUAUUAUCAUUACAGAUUGUUAUCUGAAGGUUUACCGGAGAUAGUAAUUAACCUGAAGGUUUUACCGAAGAUAUGAAAGUGAAGUUACGAGUUGCUGAAUAAAACAGAAGUUGGUUGGACUUUA